AUGGACUCGUCCGAGUCGUUGACCCUAGACAGGGCGAUUGGCCAUAUCGAAGAGCUCGAGAGACAAAAUAGCGAACUGAUCAUGAACAUCCGACGUCUCCAGAGGGACUAUAAUGUGAUCACGGACACUGAAAUAGAAGACGAGUACGUCAAGCUCCAGGUCAGCGUCGACAAUUGGAUUCGGACCUUGGUGCGAGAGGUCAGGGACCAAACGGGGAUGAGCCUGUCCCAAGUCUUUCGAGAAUCCAUCCAGUCCUUUCACCCAACCACGAUAGAAAUGCUCUUUAACGUCUUGGCUUCGGCGACGUCGCCCGACGAGCUGUACAAAAUGAGGGCCAACUGGCAGGCGCACCAGGCUGGAUGGGUCGCUUGGUUCGCGAAAUACACCUCGUCGGUCCACAUGAUCUUAUCACUGGAAAUUUGGAAGUUCCUCCACGAAAAGAUAUUCCUGGUCAAGCUCCCGGUGGGCACAAGGAAGCACUUUGGUAGGCUUGUCACAGAGAUGGCACUGGCUGAUGAUGUUUCAUCCAGCGAUGGGAAGUAUUUACCUAGAUGGAGGACCGAAACCCUCCGAAUGUUCGUCGAGUCAGAGACCUUUCAGGUAGACAGAGAAGAAGCGAUAAAAUUGCGACUCGACUCCUUAACACGCACUUUCGAACAAUGGCCCUUCAUGACUGAUAUCAAGAAGGAUGUACUCGCACCGCAUCUCUCCAGUUUCGAGGAGACUGUCUUCCGUCCCGCAGUAGACCUACACAUGGAGGUUAGGCGCUCCCCCACGUUAUAUUCUUUCAGAAAACCCGCCAUCUUUCUCGGCGACUCAUGGGACACAGUGAACUCCGGCUACUGGAGGUUCAAGGAAAUCAGCCAGUGGGUUGACUUGGUGGAAGGAGAAAGCGCGGAGGAUAUUUUUGACUGCCUGGUACCGGGCAUCUACCGCGUCGACAACUCGGGACGUACCCUUCAGGUGUCCCGCCCCGUGAUGUUGGUCUACGACUCGAGGCCCUCGGGCUCCAUCAGCCCUCUUUGGGACCACCCUCCAGCUUCAGUACACCGCACCUACUCCUACCAUUCGAGUGCAGGCACACCAUGGCAGAAUAGGGACGAGGAAUACGGAAUCGAUGAGGUCCAGAUCUCGACAGCAAGCACGCAAGGAGAAGGGAGAGAACUCGCAUCCCAGGCAAAGUCCGAGACGGGAGAGCACAUGGACUCUUUCCAGAUGGCCCAAAAGCUGGUCGCUACCUCUAAACUCAACCACGCAGAAAUCGCAGAAACACGCACCCCAGAAGUCAUCGCGAAGACCAUCUACUUCUCAUGA